UUUCAGCCAGCUUCAGGAACUUGUUGCCAUGAGGAAAACAGCCUGCCCUUUGCUGUGCGGCCGGGGAAGGAGCGCGGCGCUGUGAAGUGCUCCCGCGCAAGGUGCGAAGGGGCAGUGCUGGUACCUGGGCAGAGCACGGAGGAGCUCAGCCAGCAGAGGCAGACCAUGGGCGCAGGGGAGGAUGAGGAGCGCAGCCGGGGCUGCAGCCGCUCCCGGCUCCCGGCUGCAGCAGGUUGUGGAACAUUCACCUUUCUAUCUUCUGCCAUUGCUGCCAUAAGUGGACUUCUGAUGGGCUAUGAGCUGGGCCUUAUCUCCGGGGCUCUUCUUCAGAUGAGCAGCAUUUUAACACUCUCUUGCAAAGAGCAGGAAGUCAUUGUAAGUUCCCUGCUUUUUGGGGCCUUAUUUGCAUCCCUUACUGGUGGAUUUCUUAUAGACAGAUUUGGAAGGAGACUUGCUAUUAUUAUUGCAUCAUCUUUACUUGUGCUGGGGAGUCUGAUUUUGCUGCCCUAUGAAUCAUACGAGAUACUCAUUGUGGGCCGGAUUGCCAUAGGCAUUUCCAUAUCAUUAUCAUCAAUUGCAACGUGUGUGUACAUCGCUGAGAUCGCCCCACAGCACAGAAGAGGCCUCCUUGUAUCAUUAAAUGAACUCAUGAUUGUGAUAGGCAUUCUCUUUGCCUAUAUUUCAAAUUAUGCUUUUGCCAGCAUAUCUCAUGGCUGGAAGUACAUGUUUGGCCUGGUGAUUCCAUUAGGUGCUUUGCAGGCUAUUGCCAUGUAUUUCCUUCCUCCAAGCCCUCGGUUUCUUGUGAUGAAAAAUAACGAUGAAGCGGCGAGAAAAGUACUGGAGAGGCUACGGGAAACAUCAGAUGCUACUAAAGAGCUUACUGUGAUUAAGUCUUCCCUGAAAGAUGAACAUCAGUAUAGUUUCUUGGACCUGUUUCGUUCUAAAAACAACAUGAGGGCCCGAAUGCUGGUAGGGCUCACUCUAGUGUUUUUUGUGCAAACAACUGGGCAACCCAACAUUUUAUUUUAUGCAUCGACGGUUUUGAAGUCAGUUGGGUUCCAGAGCAAUGAAGCUGCCAGCUUGGCUUCCACUGGAGUUGGAGUGGUUAAGGUGGUCAGCACAGUCCCAGCCACAUUUUUUGUGGAUCAAGUUGGAAGUAAAACUUUUCUGUGUAUUGGCUCUUCUGUUAUGGCAAUAUCAUUGGUCACUAUGGGCUUAGUGAACCGUAACAUACAUGUGAAUUUAACCAAGGUCUGCAGAAGCCAGUCUCCAGAGGAUUUCUCUCUCCAGAGACCAGGAAACUUCACUGUCACCAAUGGGAGUCUCAAGGACCUCUUUGCUAGCAUGGCUUCAACGGAAAGAUUGUCAUUUGAUGUACAAAGCCCAGAUGUUGCCAGGACAGGAGAACUGAACAGGACUGCCCCGGCAGGAGGCAAAAGCACAACAGGGUCUCAUGUGGAGAGUGGGGAGGUUCCUGUUGUCCUGAAAUGGCUCUCACUGGCCAGCCUGCUUGUCUAUGUUGCUGCAUUUUCCAUAGGUCUUGGACCAACUGUUGCAUUUAAAUGCAGCUUUAAACCAGUGUUGGAGAAAGUCGGGAAGAAGGAAGAAGGAUCAGGCAAGAAAGAUCAAGGAGGUUGGAUGAAAGCUGAAGGGUUCACAAGAAAAGUGAAAUCCAUGGAGGUGAAGAAGGAAGUAAUCCAUCCUCAGUCCAUCAGUGUCUUUCUUAUACAAUCUUGAGUGGUUUGUGGUGGUCUCUAUGUGUUUUAUUGGAUUAAUCAAAGCAAGACCCAGAGCUGGAACACUGCCAUAAGGCCCAGAGAACUAUACUGGAGGCAGAUAUAGUUCCUUUGACUUUGGUCCUGUAAUUGUUAGAUUAACUGGCUACCUGAGUUAAAGCAUGAUUCACUAGCACAGUUAAAGGCUGAACCUUUUACGUGUCUUUCACCUCAGUCAGUAAAUGCACCUGUAACAAAACCCAGAACAGCUGGUUUGACACGACACUGCACAGCCCAGGGACUCGAUCACAGAGGUCAUCUCUUGCCACCCUGACAAUCCAGAUUGCAUGGGAUGCUUUUUCCCUGCUCCUUAAUGCUCUUGGGCUUAAUCUUGGCCACCAAAUGUUUGACCUGAAACCAGAAAAUCUUGUGGGAAUGAGAACUGUCCGUGUGGAAAUCCUGAACUUUCCAUGGACUUAGUUGGCUGUUCCCGUGUUUUGAAAUAUCAUAAGCUUAAUGGUUUUGCACUGUCUUGGAAAACAUCGGUAAAAAAUCAGAUACCUAGAAUUUGCCUCAAUAUCUCCUACAUUAAAGCAGUAUUUCAGGCUUCUAAAAGUAUGUUGUAUUAAUUUGUAGUGCACAGGAAUCUAAUGUUAACAGACAUUCAUUCUCAACAUUGCCUUGCAUGACAUUUGUUUACAAUGUUUUAUUUUUGAGUUUCUACAUUUUCCCAGCAGCUGUGGCCUGACCUUAUAAUUCACAGAAAUUAGAAGCUUCAAUUUUAUGAUUUUUUUGUGGUUUAUUUUGGAAAAUAGGAUAGUGACAGGGACUAAAUCAAGUAUUCAAAACUAAUCAAGUGCUUAAAUGCUAUGUUGGAAUUUAAUGAAGAUAAUAAACCUUGGGAAUAUGCAUGUUUCACUGAGAAACAGUACAGAAAGUCCUAUUUCAGAUAAUAAAAAAAGUUUAUCUUGGAUUCUUUGUUUUAUGACAAGAUUCCUAGCACUGUUUAUUUGUACUGAAUCAUCUUUUAAUGCAUGCAUCCAUGUGGUUUGAAUAUGACACUCCACGUGCUUAUCUAGUCCAUCAUUCCUGUGCUAUUCAAAUGCUUCACAUGGCCUCUAUUUCACACUGUGUCUGUACUACCAAGCUGCAGUACAAAGGCAAGGCAUACCAAAAUGAAAAAUAAAGCAAGGGUUGUAAAUUGCCCACUUGCCCCAUAUAAAGUUCAUCUGAAGCCUCUUGUAAACACAUCGAGCUAUCCCAGGAAUAGGUUUGCCUUUUCAAAGGCUGAUUGGUAGUGAAGUGCAAACCAAUUUGAGAUAUUUUUGGAUAGCUGGAUAUUAAUUAUAGGAUUUCAAAUUGCAGGAGAUGCUUUCUAAAAUAUCAGAUUAAUAGAUUUGUCUUAUCUUACUUGAUAAAACCUACAAAUUUGGGGGGCUUUUGUAAGUGUCAAAAAGGUCAUAAGAAGGGAAAAUUGCUUGUGUGAGAACAAGACAUGGGAAUGUCAGUGGGAGCUUCUUAAUUGCUUUAUUAUGUUAUUGUAUUUCAACCCCAACACUGAAUUUAAACUGUAUAUUGAAAUGCACCUGAAAUGAGAAACAUGAUUUUCACUGACAUUUAUGUUCCUGUUUGUAACUCUAACAUGUUAAUGAGGGAAAGUGUUGGUGAAUCAGGCCAAAGGCUUUGCCUUCUGAGAGACAGAGCCCUGGCUACUGUGAAAAGAGGGAGAGACCACAGCAUGCCCCAGCCACUCUUCCUGUGUCUCUGCAAUGACAGUGGUUCAAUCUGCUGUUGAAAAGGUAGGUGACUUCCUGUGGUUUGGCAUAUUAUGCUCCACUUAAAGAGGGAUUUGAGUCAGUAUCCUGAGCUUGGUGCUCUGCAUAGUGUUAAUAUCUCUUUACUAAUAGUUCUGUGUUAGUAAACCCAUUGACACAAAGGUGUUGCUUAAGAGAAAUGGAGCCUGUGCUUAAAAUUAUGCACAGUUUUAAAGUUUAGCUCAUAUUGGUUUUCUUAACCAUGUUCUAGGAAAUAAGGCCAUUGUGAUACUGAAAUCUGUAAAAUGUUUGCAGGUUGUCUGUCAAGCUUCGUAAAAUCCAGUUUCCUUUGUGAAAGAGGGCUGGGGAAGAAUUUUUUAGAGGCAAGCUGAUCUUGGGCUAGCUUUGUGCAGAAACUAAAACUGUCAGUAGGACUUCAAGUGCAAAGUCAGUAUUUUAUGAACUUGUAAAGUUCAUGAAACUAAAACAGGUAUUAUAAAAUAUGAGAAAAUAGUUAUGCUGAAAAGGUAAAAAUGUGUAAUCAAUCACAUAACUUGAUGGCUCUGCUGAGGAAGGUGAGACUGUCAGCCAAACCACAGAGAGCACAGUAAGUCAGUGCAUGAAGUCAGGAGACUGUUUCUCCCAUGGCAUCCAAGUUCUUGUGCCACACUGAGCUCUGGGAGGAAAGCCAGGAAUAUUUUCUCAAAAGGAAAGGGCAUGCAGGAGGGCACCCAGCUUCUGCUGCCUUGGAAAAUCGACCCUAAGUACAGAAAACUCUUAUGGAAGAUAAGUAAAAGACAGUUUGUGGUGGUUAAACCCAGAGCCUUCACACCUUCCUCCAGCAGCCACCAAGCAAAACGUGGGCAGCCAUUUCCAGCAAGGAACUUAAAAAAAAACUGUAUCACUACAGGCUUCUCACUAAAUAAGUCACUAUUGUAAAAUGUUGUUUAUCCUUUCUACUAGGAGUUUUGUGAGGCAUGUGCACAAAUAAAAUCUCUGUUUUUCAAGAGCAAAGGCCUAAAUUGCCCCCAGCUGCUGUGUCACAACAGGUAUUUUCCGCUGUGCAACCCCUCAAGGACCACCAGUAGCCCUUGGGUACUGGAAAAACAGGUUCACUUAUCCCACCCAACUGAGUAAUUUCUCCUCUGCCUACUUUGUAGAAGAGAAAUAUGUGAUAAGCUG